UGCGCAAGUCAGAAACAAUCAAAAUGGCGAUCAUCUGCUAAGUGAGGAGUAAAGAAUAUCAACAUUUUCCAGGAUGGAAAUCUAUCAGUUUUCGCGUUGUUGGCCUACUUGCACUUAAUUUGAAAGCUUUAAAAAACAAUCUGUUCAUGUAGUGUUUAAUUAGUCUUUACUCUAUGGUUUUAACCUUUCGUACUUACUUACAAGCUCUAUAAACAGUGAACCUAGAGUGACAAUUUUGAGGUCAUGCUUGAGUUCAGAGAGUAUUGAGGAAGUUGUGAUUAUCAAGCAGUGCUCUGUGUGAAAGUUUUCUGGUGUGUUCGUGUUCGUAUUGUCUUACCGUUGGAUUUCUCUUUUAUAAGAUCGUUACCAGUUACACGGUUGCACAAACUGGCAUUCUUUUUUCUUGAUGCAUGUGAUUACCGUUACCAAUGGACGAAAUCUAGCAUACUGACACUGUCAAGAACUUGUUUAUCAUCCGUGACAUCAGUAUCAGUGUCCGUGUCACCCAUGAGUCUUGUUGGUCCGGGUCUAGUCUUGUAGACUGUAAAUCUAGACGUAGACCUGCACCAGUUGCAGAUCUAACUCUUGGGUCUGGGCGACCGGUGUGGAGGGUCUGGCCUCAAAUUAGCUAGCAACAGGCAGACAGCAGAAAAUUCAAGAUGUCCUUCCUCAGCAGCUUCAAGAAACUGUUCAAAUUUGGCUCUGACAGUGAUCAGAUGAAGAAGGGCCUGUGGAAUGUGAACAUUAGAAAAGACCAAGAUCCUGAGCAGUUCUGGGAUAUCAUUGGAGAGAUUGGAGAGGGAGCAUUUGGUGCAGUAUACAAGGCAAGAAAUAAGGAAACCAAUGUGUUUGCUGCCCUGAAACAAGUGGAGAUUAAGAAUGAGGAAGACCUUGAAGACUUUUCUGUGGAAAUCAACAUCUUGGCUGAAUGUCCACACCCGAACAUAGUUGGACUCCAUGAAGCUUUUUUCUUCAAUGACAAGCUAUGGAUGUUCAUUGAGUACUGUGGAGGUGGUGCUCUUGAUUCUAUCAUGGUGGACCUGGAAAAGCCUAUGUCAGAACCUCAGAUUCGUUAUGUUGCCCAUGAGAUGUGUGUUGCCUUGGCUUAUCUCCACCAACAAAAGGUCAUUCAUCGUGACAUCAAAGCUGGCAAUGUUCUACUGACAAUGGAGGGAGAUGUAAAAUUAGCUGACUUUGGAGUAUCAGCAAAGAACACAAAGACCACUCAAAGGAGGGACACAUUUAUUGGUACUCCUUAUUGGAUGGCUCCCGAGGUGAUCAUGUGUGAGACAUUAAAGGAUGAACCUUACGACUACAAGGCUGAUAUUUGGUCACUUGGUAUCACACUGAUUGAGUUUGCCCAGAUUGAGCCUCCCAACAAGGAAAUGCAUCCCAUGCGUGUUUUGAUCAAGAUUCAAAAGGCUGAUCCGCCAGGAUUUGACAAACCCUCCAAAUGGUCUAAGAGCUUCAAAGAUUUUGUACAAAAGUGCCUGGUAAAAAGUCCUGAGCAGAGGCCCACGGCUCUAGACUUGCUCGAGCAUCCAUUUAUCAAAGAUUACAAAAACAAGAAAGGUAUUAUGGACCUCAUCUCAGAAGCCAAGGCUGAGGUGGUGGAAGUGGUGGAGGACCUCACUGAAGAGGAAGACAUUGCUGCCAUCAAGAGAAACAUGAGUGCUGAUUCACAGUCCAUUGACCUGGACAGCAUCUCAACGGCCAGUGACGAGGGUACGGCCAAGGAAAAAGAAAAGAGUGCGGAGCCAGAGGGAAAGAAAAAGGAGUCUGAGAAGGCGCCAGCUCCAUCCAUUCCUGCAACGGGAGCAGCAACUGCUGCCGCUGCGAGAGCAAAAAAAUCUCCUACUCCCGAGAAGUCUGUGUCUGCCAAGAAACAACCAGCUCCAUCUCCUCCCACGCCAGAGAGCCUUUCUCCAGUGCCAUCACGAAAAGAGGAAGAGGUUAAAACUGUGGAACAGAAGGAGGAUGAGGCUAAGACGCCAACGAAGGAGAGGGAAGAGGUGAAGCCAGCUCCUGUGGAUGCGGACAAACUGACGAUGUCCUCAGACGAAGGUAUCGGCGAUGAGAAGUCGACAUCAGACGGCUCAGAAACAAGCCAGACUGGCAGUCCAGCUAGACCCAAACACGAGGUGCCAGUAGCAGCUGCAGAUGCACCUUCUGGAGAACAUGUUGCCACAGAACUCGUUACUGACAUUAUUGAUGAUGUCCUUAACUCCACCACAGUGGAACCUUCCAUAGCCAGCGUUGUGUUCGAUACUUUCCAAGACUUUGUAGCUCCCGGCACCCCAACAGUCGAGGAGCCGGCAAAACCCUCUGCCACCACUGCACCAGGGGAGAGCACUACUUCCAGUCUUCCAGCGGACUCGCCUGCCUCAGUGUCGGUCAGUCUGGCCAGCGACAAGAGUUCCUCGGAGACUCUAAAGGCAGACGAGGAGGUGGAGAAGAAAGAAGAGCCGGCUAGCAAGAAGGAGGAGGGGAAGACCAUCACCUUCGGUGGCGUGUCAGUCCCAGAGUCUGGCAUGGUCGUCGUCAAUGGGUUCGUGGUUCCCCCGGUUGAUGGCAAACCACCGCAGGGCAGCGAAACCGCCGCUGCAGCCGUGAAACAGGUUGUGGUUGUGCCUGAGCCGGAAAAAGCGAGUGAGCCGAGCAGCCUCAAGGUGCCGGAGAGCUCUAUCAGUGCAGUGCCACAGACUGACCUGGACACGUUUGAGACAAGAAUGAGUCAUGAGGGUGAAGAGGACGGCUCUGACCGCCGGUCUGACUCGGGCAGUGUCAACACGGUGGACAGCAUCGGCGACAGCACAGAGCCCGACCGUGAUGAGGCCCCUGUCACUCGCCGAGUCAAGAGAGGACACAUUCGUUCACGCAACGAAAGCAAGAGUCACUACCGUACAAUGACCAAGACCAGGACCUAUGUCAAGGAUGGUCAGGUUGUGACCUCUACCACCACAAAGGUCAUCGCCACUGGGGAGGAGAACAAAGUUAGAGAAGAUCAUUUGCACAGGAAACAAGAUUUGCGUGAGUUGAAGUUACUGCAGAAACAAGAGAACAAGCAGAUCACAGACCUGCAGUACAAGAACCACUUGGCACUAGAGACCAAGGAGAGGAAGUUUGACCUAGACUCCACGAACCUGAAGAAACACUUUGAUCAGGAUUUGGAUGGGCUGACCAAACAGCAGAAGCAGCUUAUUGAGAAGGCAGAACAGGCUCAACAGAAUGACAUGAAGAAUGCAGCCAAGAGACUCAGAGGAGAGCAGGAGAAAGAGCUGAAAAUGUUCCGUGAGAAGCAGAGACAGGAGAUGAAGCUUCUGAAGCAAGAGCUAGACUUGCUGCCCAGGGACAACAAAAAGGAAGCUGCUCAGAAGAUCCGCGAGACACGCCAGAUUGAGAUGGAAGAUAAGGAGCGUACGUUUAUGGAGAACCAGGUGGAGCGCACAGAGAAGCACAUGCGUCAACUGGCAGACCAGCACAGGCAGAAGAUUGCCCUGCUAGAGAGCCAGUGUCUACAGCAGAAGCAACAAAUGUUCAGAGGUCGUGAGGCCAGCAUGUGGGAGAUGGAGAAGAGCCAGCUCCAUGAACGCAACCAGCUCAUCAAGACACAGCUCAAGGACCUCUUCUUCGUGAAGAGACAUCAAAUGCUCACCAGACACCAGAAGGAGAUGGACAACCUGAAGCGCUACAAUCAGAUGAAGGAGGACGAGAUGGCAUCCAGACACAGCAAUGAGAAGCGACGCCUGCCCAAGAUCCUGAAGAAUGAAGCCAAGACCAGGGCCCAGAUGUUCAAACAGAGCCUGAGACUGAGUACUGUGGGGAGCCCGGAGGACGACAAGGUCAAGAUCAAACAGUUUGAAGAGAGUGAGAAGAAACGAAUGAAGUCGGAGCAGCUGCGCCAAGAAGAGAAACACAAGAAGCAGUUCAAGGCCCUGAUGGACAAGAACGAGGCUGCUGUCAAGGAGCUGGAACAGUUACAGGGCGAGAAACGCAAAAUGCUCAUGGAACAGGAGACCCAGAAGAUCAAAGAGCUUGAAGAACAGUUUUCCGCAGACAUGAAUGAGUGGAAGGCUUUGUUGAUUCCCCGCAAGCAGGCUCUAGAGGAACAGUUCCAGCGAGAGACGGAGGAGCAACAGUCUUUUUACGCUGAUGUUGUCUCUGCUGAUAUUCCUGGCCUUCCCAGCACCCGCCAACCACCCUCAAGUCAACGGGGCAAGCAGAAGGAUGGUUCUCUCAGCUCGCGUCACUCAACGGUCAUAUGAUCAUCCCUUCCCCACUCUGCUCUCGUUUCGACUAGACAUUUGACAUCGGGCGGUUCGCACACUGAGCCAAGUCAUAGUGAAGGCAGUAUGCACUGUGAAAUAAAAUGAGAAGUGUGUGAAUAGCAGGCUAAGGCUUGUGAGUUUUGGAAUGAAUGGUUUGUUACCAUUCUUAUCUUUUUUUUUCUGUCAUGCACAUAAGGAAGUGGUGCAGUUUACUUGUCGCUGUCAGAUCGUAUUGUUAUCUGCGUGCCGGUUCGGAAACACUGACUUAGAUACUGCACCUGCCUUAGUGUGUGUAUACCUGUAUGGUUGCAUGAUAAUUUUUUUUUCAAAAUUUUCAUAUGCCGGUUAUGUGAGAGUUUCAGAUUGGAUCAGAAACUUGUCUGCCUCUUUUCAUACUUCCUUUUAAAGAUGAGUGUUUCAGCUCACUACAUAGGGGUAGUGACACACCCUGAGGGGUGCUCUUUGAUUUAAUUGAUGUGUGUAGUUUAUAGACACUGUGAGUGGACUAUACUCAUGAAUUGUUGACUGUACUUGUGGAAGGUUAUAUUUCUUUCUUUUUCUUUUGUCAGUUUCCUUUCUUUUUGUUAUUUUCAAUGGAACAUCCUUCCCAAUGAGUUGUGGCUAUGGUCAUAUUGUAUAUUUUAUGGCCUGUAAAAAUCUACGCAUAUCUAAAUCAAAUUGUGUAAUCAUUUUUUUAUGGCCAUUCGUAAAGGAGGAUGACAGUGCAGGUCUUAUGUGAAACUCGGUGCCGAAGAUUUCUUCUCUCGUGAAAAAUAUGCGAAGAUGUAGUGGUGCGCUUUAAGGAAUUUUGACAAUGCAUAAUAGCUAAAAGUACUAACUUUGAUGUAGAUAUUUAGAACUAACUGUAGUUAGCACAAAUGGCUCGUAGUCAUCAGUUUUGUAGUUGUCUAGAAUUUGUAGAAGAAAAAAUAUCCAGUCCGAAAAUAAUCGACAAGGAAAGGGCCUGCUUUAGCAACAGUUAAAAGCAAAAUGGUUUUAGUUUGGAAUAUUCCUCAACUACCAAGAGUUACAAAUCUAUUAAGUACGUACUAAAAUCCCACUCUUGAAAUGGUUGUAACAAUUAAAAAGAUAGGUUGUUCUAAUUCAAAGGAUAUUAUCCCUUUGGACAGUUGAAAUUGCUCAAUUUUAAGAAGAUUUUAAAACUACUGGGAUGGGGCAUAAAAGUUAAUUGAAUUUUCUUUUUCUUAAAAAAAAAAAUUAUUUCUGUUUUCAAUUAAUUUGUGUUGUUAGUAGUCAUUUUGCUGUGAAGAAUAUUUGUAGUUUCUUAUUUUAUUACCACUUGUCCAAUUUUGUUGAAAGAAAAAAAGAACACUUUUCUACAACAUGCCUUUAAUCUGUGACUAAUUUUGAACCAAUAGUGAUACACUUUGUCUCCAGACAUGAAGCCAUACUCGAACAGCCUCUUGGCCUUAUGCUUAUUAAUGGGGGAAUAGAAAAAAAGUUUAAAGUGAACAUAUUUUAAAAAUUUAAUGUUGGAGGCCAAGCAAUUUCAGAAUAUUUUAUGGUAUAUACUCAGUAAUUACAAGUAAAUGAUUAUUCUUUGUGUGGAAUUGUAUUGAAUUCAUACUUUUUGUUCCCAUGUAAGAGAGGCUGGAAGGUUUCAGAUGGUCAUGGAUUUACUUCAUUAAUGCUGAACUUUUCUGUUGCCUUUUAAACCUUCUAUAUUGUUCCAUUGCAUUCUCAGCUUCUCAUUUGUACAUCUGAAUAUUCACGUGCUUAGCUACUUUGAGUAAGCCUUGGAAAUUUGAUGUCAUGCUUUUGUAAACAGUUUCUUACUUGUUUUAUUAUUUUGUUACGUUUACGUUCUUUAUUUUUCAAAUUGUCUUUCACCAUGUAUUUAUUUCACCUGGUAGAUACCUUGAGGAUGUAUGGCACUUGCAAACAACCUGUAUCUGAUAAUCAAAUUUGUCACUGUGCACAUGCACAUCACAAACAUUCUCUGAGGCUGCACAUGUGGAAUUUUGCCCCAGGAGGUCAUUUCGUCAAGGCUGUGCACUCAAUGGUAAUUUCUGCAAAAUGUCUCUUAUUUUUGUUUUUGUAGUAUAUCUGUACACACAUGAAGUUGUUGUGAACAAUAGGUGUGGUCUGUCUCCAAUGGUGAUUUUUGACUAAAAGACUGAGUUUGUAUGUAUUUUCAAGUACAGUUCUCAUUCAUCGACGUAGAUAUCACAGGGAUAUUGGGUGCUAUGCUGUCUGCCAGCCUGUAAGUACAGAGUAUAAAAAAAAAGAUCGCCAGAGUGAUUUUCUGUGGUGUCUGUAUAAGUGUGUAUUGUGAGCUCGUGUUUUUUCUACACCUGAAACAACUGUGUUUAAAUAUGUGCUGUCCACGUUGUGUCCACUGACCCAUCUAUCCUCACUGUUUUGGUGCAUGACCUCAUUGUUCUUUGCUUAUUUUUAAGACAUGUAGAUUUUGUACUUAAAAGACUUGGUCAAAUUCCGUGUAUAUAACCUAGAUCCUGCUGUUCUUCUUGCCUAAGGUCUGUCUAGACUUUUGCCCCUGACUGAGACAUGCGGAGCACAGACACCUUGGUUUAUAACAGGUUGACAGUAAACAAGCCAUUGCUGGGAUGCGUUUGUCCGUGAACGUGAUUUAGUUUGCAGUCUUUAGAUGCUUUAUGGAGAUAUGUUGAGGCAGGAGGACAAGGGGGGAUGUAGAGGGAGAGCAAGAACGAAGGGGAUGAUGUCAGAAGUGAAGUUUAUGGAUUCUUUGGCACAGCAUUUUAUCUCCCUGCAACUAAAAAUCGUGUUUUGUAAAUGUUGCCUCUAACAUAUGAGAAAGAAAAUCAUGAGUAUUCUUAUUUUGUGUAUAAAUUAUGGUUGCCUUAUAAAGUCUCUCUAUGUUGACUCCUUAGUGUUGAUUUUACUAAAGUUCUGAUUGCCCCAAAGAAGUUGGAACGUGUCCUCCCUCUGCACUCCUAUUGUCCUCUCUCAGUGCUCUCAUCCAGUCACACUGGUGCUGCACAACACCUGUGGUUACUCCUUAAACCCAUGUUGCCUACCACUGGGACAUUUGCUGAGAUUAGGAACCAAGGGACAUUGCCAGUUGGCUGCCACCUACGAUAGUUGGUGUGCGCUAUGGCGUUACUGGAUGUAGAGUUGUGUUCUGUGCCCACUGGGGUGGGAUUUGUUGGAGACUUUUACUGUGCUCGUAGAACACUAACACCACUCAAGCUGGAGUCUCAUGUAUAUAUAGAUGUGGCUAUCUCCUAGCUUCUAGCUGUCCACAUUCCACUACUUGAUGAUGUUUUUCCCUCUCCAACACCAGCACUCACUUCGGUGUUGAGAUUCAUGAUGACUGAGACUUGCCAGGCAAUGUGAUUGAAUGGACUACGUUUGAUAUGUUCUGGUAUUGAUCAGGGUGUCGGAAUUGAUUUGUACUUUUACUACUGCUCUGAUCCGAUUUUCCUGUCCGAUAGAAGAAGUACAGAGAGUGAAUGUUUUGGGCCAGAGCCAGCACACCCGUGCUCUCAGUCUUACCGCUGUGUGUGGGAUGAGGACUUGAGCUGAUGUCUGAAUAGCGCAAAGGCUGUGUCGGGGACAAGGCGGAGGGCUGCAGCUGUACGUGUUCCCAUGAGACUCUUUUCACCAUCAGUGCGUUACAUCCUGGCCAGUUUGCCUCGUUUCCUAUUGAUUCUUGUAAAGUUUGGGCUUGCUGUAGCAAGUUGUAGCAGGAGCUGUAGUGCUGGUUCCCAGUUUCCUUGUUGGUUUUGUCCAGUUAGCAGUAUACCCAGUGUCCAGGUUUCUAAUUGUUUAUGCAAACUUGUAUAUAACUUUAUUGAUUUCUGCAUGUUCUGAAUGUUACAAGUAUUGCCCUUUUGCGUUUUGUCUCAAUACUUAAUUCUAAGGAGUAUUAAUCACUGGUAAAUAUUCUUGCGUGCAGUGAGCCCCACCACAGAUUCAGUGCGGUGUGUAGUUUAUCCAGAGCACAUGCUUUGUGUGUGACUGCGAAUAUUGAUCUCCUUUUUAAAAUAAAUGAAAUUUCAUUCACCAUGUCUUGGGAAAUGACUAGAUCAACCUCAAUUUUUGUGGUUUCUGAGGUUUUCAAUCCCUUGAGUUUUUUUUAACAAGUUUUACUUCAAUUUGGGAAUGUGGCAUAAACAAUGUUCAUGGUAACACAUAUUUUGUGAAUGUGCCAUGCUUCUGAAAAUUUACAUUAAGAGUAGUAAGACUCCUCCAUUACGCCCCUUCCUAUCCUUUAGUGUAGAACUUUGCAAGGAGAAAUUUGCCAAUGGGAACGCUUGCUCAAGAUAGAGUAAUUAAGAUGACAGUGUGUAGGUUUUACUUUGUGAUGACGAGGCACUUGACCUGUUUGCGGAUCUGCUGGCUCAGACUAAGGCUAGGCACUAAGUGUGUCCUGUACAGUUUUCCUUUUCUUAUGGAACUGGAUAGCAAUAGUACUUAGUAUGAGAGUUCUCUCUUUUCUUCCCUUCUUUAAUGCUGGCGACACUUCACUGUACACAACUUGUAUAGUUUACACCAUUUCGGUAUAUCAUAGAUUUCAUUUACUCCUACUCCUAAAUUUGGUUGGCAAGAAUACUCGUGUAGAGUUUAUGAAAUAUAGCCAGAGUUAUGGAUGUCAUUUUGUGAAUGGAUUUGUUUGCAAGUAUACGUCAUUUGUAUUACGAUUGAAGAACUUUGGAAUAAUGUAUGAGGGGCCGCGUCACUUAGAAAUUCUUACUGGCACAGCACCAGGCCAAUCUGUUACAGGGUCACUGUAGAAAGUAGCUGUCACACUGUACAUAUUGCACUGUUUUACAGCUUCCAUUUGGCUGGCUCAGUGAUGAGCUGUCCCCUUAAGUUCCUUGCUUUUGCCCCCCCCCUGACCUACGUCUGAAUUACUUUUUAGUAAUUUGAUGUACCCCUUUCUUUUCAUGAAUUAUGAGUGGAUCUCCAUAAUAAUGAUUGCUUUUUGUGAACCAUUCAAUUUUCAAAGAUGUUGGGGGAGGGGGGGGGUGUCAAACAUACUAGAACCGAUGACUAUCACCAAGCUUAAUACAACUUGUUUGUAAAAUUGAGGAAAGGAAAUAAGGCUAAAUAAAGAAUAAUAGCAAACAGUGUCUGAUAUUGAAAUAUCAGUGGGUGCCACAUCAUCCCAUCUUUUAAUACUUUUAUUAAAGUUGUGAAACAACAUUUUUUUUGCAACAAUUUUACUGUUCUCAAAAUACCGGUGAAGUUUCUUGGUGAUCCAUAAUAAGGACCAGUUAUUGACUGAGUGGGUUCCUGUACCACAUGCUGUUGUCCAGCCAGUAUUCCAAGCUUCAAUCAGGUAAUUUGAGGCAACUGCAUCAUGAGUAACUGUAGGAGCUUAAGGGGUACAGUGUAUGCUGUAAAUGCCAGAUGCCGACAGGUGCUCAGUCUCUUUCCUUUUUAAAAAAAAUGAUAAACGAUAUGUAGCAUUGUUAUAAUCCGACAAGUAAUCUCAUAACAAACAAAAUUAACUCUCUCUCUUUUUUGGAAUUUUGGGAUCUCCCAUAUUUUUUAGAUUUAGAAGUAAGAAAAUGAAGUUUGCGUUAAAGAUGCCUUUUUUUUUUGGCGGAUUUCCUGGACAGACGCACCUCACAUUAACGGAGGAUAAGAUAGUGUUGCUCCUACCCACAUAAUGUAAAUCAGUUUAUUUCUACUGUAAAAUUCCCUUUGCCACAUUCAGAUCAGUAUGUUAUGUUUUCUCUAAAAUUGCUGAAAUUAUACAAAUUUAUAUCAAAACUUGUUAAUGUCUUGUACUUGGACAAUAAAGCUAUUUAUUUUGAAACCACAA